AUGUCAGAUUUAAUUGAAGAGUUAGUGGCUCAUGGCUUUGAAAUUGUUCGCGAUGAGUCCGGUCAGGACCUUGUUAAACUCGUAUUUAUGGACGAAAACGAUGAUGCAACUGGAUGUGCCCUAGUUACUCCAGAAGAUGCGAAGAAGAUAUUGUCUGGUCAGGCAACUUUGCAAAAUGUUCUUGACGAUGAAGGUAAACCGGUUCUUACACUUGCUCCUGUUGGUAACAGUGAGCUGGAGGAAGUUGAACAGCCAAAAGAUGCAUUGUCAGAUGAACAAGCAGUGGAGGACCCUUCCGUUGUUAAACAGUGUGAUCCAGGUGCCACUGAAUCUGAACCAACUGAAGUGCCGACAAAGACGGACCCUGAACUUAUUAAAUCCGAACAGCCAUCUGUCGUUGGCCUGCCAAGUGAUGCCACAGAUACUGCAAUUAACCAAAAUGAUGGAGAUACGUCUGAUACUACCCAAUUAGCUGAAGGGGUGGAACAGUUUACUUUAAGCGAACAAACGGCAGUAGUCAACAAUAACCAAAUUCAAGUUGUUACCGUUAUGGACUGUCAAGGUAAUGUAUUAGAUCAAAAGCAAGGGCAAGCUACGGAGCAGGUCAUUCUCGAGAUACAUGGACAAGCAUUCGCUUAUGAAAUACAGGGUCCUACUGAAACUGGUGAACCUCUAACGUCCACUCUGCUUAUUUCAUCAACUGAUGCAGAUGCCCAGGAUGCCUCUAAUCCAUCAGGUGAUAAUGCACAGAAUACAAAUGGUCAAACAAACUGGUCUGAGGGUAAUGCAAAUGGAGCUGAUCGAAGUCAGGUUCCUUCUGGAUUUGGUGAAACAACUGAGGCAACCACAUCUGGCCAACAGUUUAAUCUUACUGAGGCAACUACGAUAGUGGAUGGUGAAUCUAUGCAAGUUGUUAUACUUACUGAUGAAGGUGGUAAUAUACUCGAUCAAAAACAAGGUCAUACUGGUGAUCGUGUUAUUAUCGAAAUUAAUGGAAGCUCUUUAGAGUAUGUGUUUCUUGGACCGACGGAAACUUCUGAACCCAUAAUGACUACGCUAGUCGUAACAACUGAGAUGGAAGUGCCAGAAAAUACUCAGACCAGUUCGAAUCUUUCACAGGAGUCGCCGGACGACACAGAAGCUGGCCUAACCGUUGCCAAGUGGUGUCCACCUGGAUUGCCGUCUGAAUUUUAUGCCAUUUUAAGAAGGCAAGCAGAAGUUGUAGUCGCUACACGUGUUCCACGCUUUUCAGACAAUCCAUAUCGACCUGAACCAUAUCAUCGCAAACUUGGUCCUUAUACCGCCUAUGUUGAAAUGCUUGAAAUGGUGAAUACUUACAGGGUUGGUGCUAGUCAAGGUGAAACGCUGGAGAUUUAUGAAGCAUUAAGAAACUAUGCAAAGAUCUAUCGUCCUUCUGGGCCACAUUCUAGAGCCCUCACAAAAUACGAGCUUGCUUUAAAUGAGGCUGCAGCUCAGAUUUGUCGGUUUCAACCCGCUCUACUUUUUCAUAAACGUGAUCUAUAUCACCUUGCAAAGGAGACUGUUGAACGUUCUCAAACACUGCUGAAUACAGAAAGAAGACAACAGAAUCAACAAUUUCAACAACAACAACAAGCUCUACAAUCUCAGAUGAAACAAAAUGUAAAUAGUCAACGUCAAGUGAAUCAAACCAACUUACAGAAUACCAAUAAACCAAAAGUUUCUGCUCCCUCAACUCAACCUCCAUGCACAACUCCACCAACUGUAGCAGUUGGAGGACGUGUUGCUAGUUCACAGCUAGCUAUGCUUGAGUCUCGUGGACUUUCUGCAAUUCAACAGUCAAGUACAGCUGCUUCAACAGCUAACACUUUAUCAUCAGUGUUAGCUGAAAAUUCAAGUUCGCUUAGUUCAUCUACACCCUCAAGUCAACAGAGUACAACAAACAAUGCACUUCAGUCGAAUAAAUCACGACUUAUGCCUCCAGAAAGCAAUAUACAGUACGUAUCUGGUCUGCCUAUAGUGAAACGUGAUCCUACAUAUAAGUUGUUACCUAAUGAAGAAGAGGCUAUCCGCGUUGCUGCGAUUGAUGUUUUAUCAGAUUUACCUCAGCUUGAAAUCAAACAGAAAGCUGAUUGCACAAAUAUUGAACUCGCCUGUUGGGAGCAAGCAAGGCAGUUGACAAAUCAGAAUGCAGGACAGUUGGAUUAUACCACUGGUAACUCAUCCAUUGAUCAUAUCAAUCAAAUUCAAGCUCUUGUAUGCAAUGAACCACGACUUGAAAGCAUUCGAGAGUCAGCUGCACUUUAUGGACGUCCACCAGGAGGUAUUCAACCACUCAGUGUUGCAGGAUUACCACGAUCUGCUCCUAUACCUGUAUUAACUCCCUACGAGGUUGCAUGUAAUGAAGCGGCUGCAUACUUGGCUUCAGGUUUACCAAGUCUUCUUACGCAUAGACGAGAAUUAGCUGAAUUGGCAAAGAAGGUUGUAAGAAACUCGGGAUGUUUAUUUACGCAUACUCCAUCAUCGGAUAAAGUACCGAUUGGUGGUGGUGGUUAUCGAUUCUACUGUUCUGAUCAACUCCCUGAACUUGAUCUUUCCGCAGCGGAACAACUUUUAUCUGAUCCUCUAGAUGGAAGUGAUUCUCCUGAUUCUGGUUGUGAUAUGAGUCCUAGAGGUACAGAUGUAGAUGCUCUUUCAGCUAAAUGCGAAUCUCUUGUCCUCUCGUGUAAAGAGUGCAAUAAUGUUGUUGAUGAUAUUACAAUAUUUGUUUCAACCGGUACUGAUUCUUUAAAGAAGGUUAGAAUUCUAAAUUUGAGUGGUUGUGGUUUUACAGGAUUGUUACCGGUUCACUUGAACCAGUGUGUCAAUUUAGUAGAAUUGAAUCUAUCCGGAAAUGCACUCUAUGCUUUUCCACGAUGUUUGCACCUGCCUAAACUGCGUCGUUUAAAUCUUACUGGUAAUCCCAACUUACUGCGACCAUCCCAACAGGGUACUACAGUGGAACCACCACUUAUUGAACAAUUUCCCAGACUUGUAUCCUUAGAUUUGGAUCCUGAACUAGCCUCUCUUCUGUCACCACAAUCGUUGGCUUAUCUAUGUCCAUACUUGAAGACAAUUAAUGGGAAAGAUUUUGUUGAAGAGCCGAACGAGGAGACUAUCAAUGCAGCUCAAUCGGCAAAGAAUAAUCUAUCUGCUUUAAUCUAUUCAAAAUGGGAAGAUGAUAUCGCUGGAUUCUACAAGAAAGGCUUACCAAAACGUGAUACAAUAUGCGUUAUUGAAACGCUUGUCUUACACUCUGUCAAUCGAAGUGUUGAGAUAGCGAAACCUUUUACACAUUGUAAAAGUAUUUUGGCUCGACGGAUUGCUGAAGAUUUCUUAGCUCCAAAAAUGUUGGACGAUGAUUGUGAAGAUGAAUCUUCUGAGAAGUAUACUCAUGCGGAUGUCAGCGAAGAUGAAGGCGCUGUCAGUGAUGAUAGCGAUUUAGAUACAGGUGAAGAGGAUGACGAAGAAGAAGAUACUGGUUACACUAAAGGUGAAAAUGUCUCUGCAGAUCAAAUGAAUGAAGUUUCAGAAAAAAGAGAUUGUGCUGGUGUUGGUGGUACUUCGAAAGCCAACGUCACUUCACCUAAAAAAUCGAAGAAGGGUAUAUCAACUGAAGCUUCUCAGGCGUCUGUUGCCGAACGCGAAGCUUUAGCUGCAGCUGCCAAUUUAACUUUACUGCCAGAUGAACCUCCCAGUAGGCUAAUUAAUGUUGUCGGCCAAGCUCUACGUCAUGGAAAAACUGUUGUAUACGAAGUGAUGAGGACAGCUGCUAGACAACCAGAUGGAGAGUUGAUACCAGUUGGUGGAACAACAACUAAUUCUUCUACUUCAACUUCCAUCCUACAGACUGUGAAUCCUGACGCUACUUCCAAAAGCAAUUAUGAAGAUGAAUAUGACGAAAGUGAUACAGAGAAUACUCCACUGCCAGAGCCUAUACCUAGCAGUCAUCCCACAAUGCCAGCCAAACAACAGAGUCCUGUUAUAACAAAAUUACCGGCUAAACAACCUGCAGGUACUCGACGUCCAGGUUUGCUUAGUCGUGCCAUAACCACCACCACUUCACCUACUGAGACCAAAGGCAAUCGUGCCAAAAAUGUUUCUACAUCGCAAGAAAAUCCAAAAAACAGUAUUCUUACUAUAACUCAACGUCCAUUACGCGCCUCCGAUUUUAUUAUCAAACCGUCUACCAGUACCUCGGGAACUGCAUAUAUAGUUGCAAAUGUAGCUGCACAAUCUAAGCCAGCAACUCCAGCAACACCAACUCCGUCUCCAGCUCCAUCUUCAACCCCUUCGACACCAAACCGACGUGGUCGUCCUCCAACUGCUCAAAGUGUAGCUAAGAAGGCUGCAGAGGCAGAAGCAGAAGCCGCAGAGACCACUAAACUAAUAAAGAGUGUGACUAUCCCACCUCCUCAUGCUCCUCCUCCAGCAACAAUGCGUAUGUCUACACGGGACUCUAACAGACAUAAACGCUUCAGUGCAUACGGCGUCAUCGACACUGCUGCGGCUUUGGCUGGCAAGGAAGAAGCUCUCCUGGCAGUCGCUUUAGCCCAAGAAGAUGAGGAAGAAACUAAAAGGCCAGAAGCUCUCUUAAAAGAUUCAUCUGUUAUCCUCUCUGAAGGUGACACUGCAGCAGCUGCUGAAGCGGCCGCCGCAUUAGCAAAAGAAGCUGAAGUGAAAGAAGUCGUGGAAAGUCCACCAGAACCGGAAACGGAUAUCGUCAUGUCUGAACCGGUUGUCGCUUUGGAAGCACCUGUUGAAACGGGAGAUUUAGAACCUACUGUCACAUCUAAAGAUAGUGAAGAGGAGAUUACCAGUAAAAAAAGACGUCGGCGUCCAGCGGGAGCUCAAACUCCUCGUAUUCGUUCUGGAUCUCCAGCAGUGGAUACGUCUAAGCCUGAAGAACAAACUCCUAGUCAAACAAUGACACGUAAACGUGCUGCAGCAUCACCGAAACGUCAAGAUCCACCUAAAAAGAAAGCCCCACCGCCACCAUCAUCACCUGCUACUACCGCUACUACUACUACUGCUCCGUCAGAGGUGGUUACAACACCUAAACCUGUCACUAAAUCAAUACGAGACAGUGUACGAGGUCUUAGUCAACUUGGCGAGAUUGUUGAUUAUGAUCCCCUGCAUUUCAUUCGAUGUCAUGCACGAGAUAAUGAUCCAUUGGAUUGUGAAACAAAAGUAUGGCGUUGUGCAUUUGAACCAAGUAUCAAUGAUCCACAUAAUGAAACAUCGAAUAUUGUAGCCACCUGUGGAGGUGAAUGUGUCUGUUUGAUUGAUUGUAAAACAGGUCGUGUAAUGAAACGAUUUAAACACUUCGGUGAGGAGUUCUACACAUUAGCCUGGACUACUGUUGAAAUGGCUACAGGGCAUAAAACAAAUCUGUUAGCUGCAGCUGGUAAACUACACGAAAUUCGUCUGUUACAUCCAGAACAAUUGGUGUGUUAUGCCGAAAUGCGUGGGCAUAAAGAAGAUGUUGCCUGUAUGAUAUUUCAUCCCGAAAAACCAACUAUCUUAUUCUCUGGUGAUUCCAAGGCUUCUGUUUUGGUAUGGGAUAUUGGUAUUCCAUCUGCACCGGAGUAUAAAACUCGUCAUCAGCUCUUAAUGCGUUUAGUUUGUCCAAGAGCAAGUCUCAAUCCUGUAUUGAAUCUGGUUUUCCUGACAAAAUACGAUGCAUUGGUAGCAGGCUGUGAAGAUGGAAUAUUCUCUUGGACAUUAAAAGAAUUCCGUAAAGAAAAGCAUAACGAAGAAAAAGAGGCGGAUUUAGAGCUCAAAGUGCCAACACGACGUGAACCCUGUUUUGAUGGAUUGGCUCAGUUGUCUGACGAUUUAAUAGUGACGAAAUGUGUUGAAGAAGGUGAAAUUUAUGUUAUUAACUAUGGACAGGUGAUCAAUCGUCGUAGGCGUAGCAGUACAACCGCCUCUGGUUCCAAUAAGAAGGCAGUCAGUGUUGAAAUACGUGGUCAGUUACGUUGGCAGACUACAGAAGAAAUUUACAUAAAUGUCACUGCUAGACCUGGUCUAAAUGCUGUCAUCUGUGGUGAUAAUGAAGGCACAAUCUGGUUAUAUGAUCUACAAAAGCAAAUUGUUGAAGAGUCAGAAAAUCGGAAAUUUAAAGCAAAACCUGUUAAAAUCCUUGAAUGGCCAGAAUGUAGUAUAGGUGGAAGUAAGGAGGAAGAUACAAAAAUCAAAGAGAGUAUCACAUCUGGCUUUAAAAACCCUGUUGUCAAUACUACAGAUAUCAGUCAUGAUGGUCAAUAUUUAGUAGCUGUUACAGACAAUAAUUUAGUGUGCAUUUGGAAAUUUUCCGGUUAA